UAAAAGCAUGAGUCUGACAUCGACAUUGACAAUGUGCAGAGCUGCAUGAGCACCAGAUUCGCUCAUGCAAGCAGGUUUAUAAGAACGGGUGCAAUCAGGGACGCUAUGGCACUCCUUUCUGGGUUUGAUGGGCUAUGCCCUCGUCACAAGGAGAUGGCUUUUUGUCUAUACGGACAGCUGGCAGGGCUGGCCGUCUGCCUUUUGCUUCUCUCAAUGGUUACCAGGUCUGAAGCGCAACCGGACCGGGACGUUUAUCUCCGCAAUAUGACAAUCUUCCAAACGCACGAGUGGUUCGGCGCACCCCGCGUCUACUUCCACUGCACCGAUAAUGAAACAAAGGUCUAUCUACCUGACGUCACGUCGCCGGGGCAGCAGUACACUUUCAGUAGCUAUGAGUCCUGGCAACCGCUCACCACGCUGCCGGCUCUGAAGUGCAAAAGGUGCGGCUUUUAUGAGGCUGACACAAUCAAGAGCGAUGACGUCUUUGGCGAGUGGGAGCUGUGCCCCCUGGACUUUUCAGCGAACGGAUCUUUGAGCAAGUUAGUGGAGGGGGAGUUUGUGGCCAGCUUCUACUGCAAAGACUGUGCAGCGCCGUCGGAGCCAGAGACUCCAGCCGGCGGGUCCCCUUCAGGCGUGGGCGUACAAGGGAGUCCUCCAAACUCAGGAACAGCAGCCCCCUUCGAGAGCUCUACAGGAAUGGCAACAUCAGCAGAGCCUCCCGUGGCCCCAUCUCGUACAGAGGGAAGGUCGAAAGGUCUGGGCGCCGGGCUGAUUGUGCUUAUUGUUUUUCUGAGCUUGCUGGGGGCGGUUGGAGCUGGGGUGGGGCUGAUUUCCUUUCACAAGUUUCUGCGGAGGAAACGAAGAAACGAUCAUGCCCGCGCUUUCGAUCUGCUGUUCGACAGUGGGGAUGAGCUGGAAGAGGAAAUGGAAAGAGGACGACUAUGAGAUGGAAAGAGGACGACUAUGAGAGACUGCAUGGAAUUUGAAAUGAGCCAACCAAUUUUGCAAUGAGUGACCAUGCGCCUUUACCUGCGGUUGUAGCGAGAGUUGACAACCUGGGGCUUUGAGACUCACGAGUCCCGUAGCCCCUCCUCUUCUUGACAGAGGGCUCAACGGGGAGAUGUCAGUGUUGCAUGCACUCGAGCAACUCGGUUUUCUUUUAUGCUAG